ACUGACACGGACAUAAUAAGACAUUAUCGGUUUAAAAAAAACACACUAAAUUUAAUGUAAUCACAUAUUACAACUAAAAAAUGUUUUAAUCCGAGUCGUCACUAACUUGCUCCCCCCAAAAUUCACCCGCAUUGGUACUUUCCGAGCCGAACCCGGAAAAAGGUCGACUAUAUGCCCAAAGCGCGCUACUUUUGACUCGGCGGACUCUUCAACACCGAGAUUUUAGCCGCACAGCAUGACAACAAUUGAGUGAAGCAGUCCUUGUAAAAGCACAGCUCCUCUAUAGGGUGUGAUUUACUUAUGGAAUAUUCCUCAUAAAGCGACUGACAGCUGGGAUAGGCUCCAGCAUACCCGCGAACCUCGUGAGGAUAAGCGGUACAGAAAGUGGAUGGAUGGACAGUGUUGUUCUCGCCCAAAGAGAGCUGAGAGAGGCUCCAGCAUAUCUGCGAUCCUAACAGUGAUUUCAGAUGGGCGGCACCAGGACACUCGGCAUGCCGGACGACGCCAGCCGAAGUCCGAGCUACACAGUGCCCUGUGACAGCUACGUCCACGUGGUGGAGUUCAGUCCCUUCGCUUCGGGGACGCCUGCUUCUCUCCUGGCCUACAGUGGGAACCGUUAUGUGGUGGUGGGCACCUGCGUCUUCCAGGAGGAGGAUAUGGACGUAGAAGGAGUCGAAUUCAACGUUCUCCGUGUGUUUCAACACGAAUUGCGCGUGGAUGCUCUCGCCUGGAGCCCCGAGUCCCAUCUGGACAGGAUUCCGAUUAUCAGAUUUUGCACGGCCGCAGCCGACAGAACCCUGCGCCUGUUGACGUCGAAUCUUCAGGAUCGCCAUGAGGUCAAGGUGAUGGGGGGGCACAGCAGCUUCAUUAACCAUUUGGUGUUUGAGCCCACGGAAGGGAAGCAAAUUGCUUCAGUCAGCGAUGAUCACACUUGCAGGGUGUGGGACCUGGAUGGAAGGGAGACGACCACGUUCCGACUUCGCUCCCCUGGCAUUAGCGUGUGCUGGCACCCAGAGGAUGUGUUAAAGUUGAUGGUGGCAGAGAAGAAAGGAACCAUUCGCUUCUACGACCUGGUGACCCAGCAGGCCAUCCUGUCCCUGGACUCUGGCCAGUCAGCGCUCACCUCUGCUGACUGGUGCCUCACCAACACCAUCAAAGUGGGCGCUGUGGCGUGCAACGACUGGCUCAUCUGGGACAUCACGCGCUCCAGCUACCCGCAAGAGAAAAGGCCUGCCCACAGAGAUAAAGCACAGCAGUUCAAGUGGUCUCGAGCCAAUGAAAAUCUUUUUGCCACUACCGGAUGUCCUGGGAAGGUGAACAGUCAGUUGCUCAUCCACCAUCUUGGCCACCCACAGCCUGUGACGAUCGGCUCGUCCACGGUGGGCUCAGGCCUCAGCUGGCACCGCACGCUCCCCCUGUGCGUGAUCGGCGGCGAUAGAAAGCUUUGCUUCUGGAUGACUGAGAUGUAACCACACGUGGCAUGUGUUCUUUGCGGUGCUCUUCUUCUAAGCCAUUCAAUAAAA